GUCGCUUCACUCCCCCGGCUUAUCUCACGCCUGUGCCCAGUUCUUGCGCAAUGCCUACCCUCUCUGCGACAGAGAACGUCAGCUUCUUCUACGUCGACAGCGGUGCGCCUUCGUUGUCCGCAUAUUCGACCAUCGUCAUUUUCCACGGGUAUAGAUGGCAUAAUGCUGUCUUCGACCGUCUCAUGCCCCUUGCGAGCAAGCACAACAUCCGCCUCAUCUGCGUUAACCGCCGCGGCUAUCCAGGAACCACCCCUUUUACGCCUGAGGAAGAGGCGGGGCUGGCAUCCUCUGACCCGUCGCAGACACUCGCUGAGCAGGGAAUCAUCUUUGCCCGCCUCAUCGCACAACUGCCCGAUACCCUUGGGCUUCCCCGUCCUUCCGGGACUGACUUCGGCGGUAUCACGCUCGCUGGAUGGUCUCUCGGUACGCUCUUUGUUCGACUUGUGCUUCCUGCACUUGACGCAGUUGACGAACCCACACGGAAUGUCUUGCGGACCCACGUCCGGCAACUCAUUCUAUGGGACGUUCCUUCCCCCUUCGUCGGCGUCGUGCCCCCACCGGAGGCAUACUUCCCUCUCGCGGACGAGCGCUUGUCACCCAACGAACGCAUGGAUAUGUUCAUCCCUUGGGUGUCUGCGUACUACACGCACGACCUCGUUUCGCGCAAGCCGAACUAUGGCGCAGCCGACCAGGAUCGCCCGACGAGCGCUCACGCCCCUGAGCUGCUCGCAAAUAUGGCAUCGGAGGCCAGUGUGACUGGAGACACGUCGCUGAUGCGAGCCGAGCUCAUCCCGCUCAUGCGACGAAUCGCGGAGGAAACGUUAUUCGAUGCAGAGCUGCAUCGGCGUUGGGAUGGACUGGACAUCCAGUGCCUCACCGGGAGUCGUUCAGUGUGGCUGUGUACGCUCGGGCCUUGGUGGCUUGAAGACGCGGCGAAGAAAGCUGGUAUCCCACUCAAGGGCAAGAUGAUCCCGAACUCUAACCACUUCGCUAUGUGGGAUAAUCCUGAAACCACCAUCCGCGCCUUGGAGGAGUGCUGCAGUUCGGUGAAGCCGAACAAGGCGACGGCACAUCUGUAGCUUGCGGAAGGGAGGCCAAUGUCAAGCCCACGCCUCGUAACGAAAGACGAGUAUAUUGUGCACGAUAACUGUUCUCAAGAUACGAUACAACAAAUAUGACGCCAUAUCUGCAACGCCCGAUCCUUGUGAAGUGACCAAUCAGUAUACUCACGACGCCCUGGAGAGAACGACGGG